AUGAAAACACAGGUCCAGGAAAACGGAGAAGUGGAGCAGCCUGUGCAGAAUGCAGAGCAAGACCGCCCUUUGGGAGGGGGCGAAGGCCACCAGCCAGCAGGAAAUAACAGACAGGGACAGGCUCGCCGACUUGCCCCUAAUUUCCCAUGGGCCAUACCCAAGAGGCAGGUCAACGAUGGGAUGGGUGGAGAUGGAGAUGAUAUGGAAAUGCUCAUGGAGGAGAUGAGAGAAAUCAGGAGAAAACUUAGGGAGCUGCAGUUGAGGAACUGUCUGCGUAUCCUUAUGGGGGAGCUCUCUAAUCACCAUGACCAUCAUGAUGAAUUUUGCCUUAUGCCUUGAUUCCUGCCAUUUUCCACGAGAUUAAUACUGUGAUUCCCAUUUUCAUUCUCCUUUUCCUUAGAUUUUCCUGAUAUGCCUUUACUGAUCCGUUUGCUGUGAACCUUAUGUAAUUUCCAUGUGUCAGCCCAGAUACCUCAAGAGUGCCAGAUCUAUAUUUCCUUCUGGCUAUCUGGUUUCUGGAUACCUUACAAAAGCCUUUCAAACCCAACAUGUCAAAACUGAACUCAGAGAAUUCCACCAUCGUCCUUUGAAACAGCCUCUUGGUAUGUGUAGAGUGAGCAUUCUUGAUUUUGACAACUCUUGAGUGACUCUAGAAAUCAGUGACUAGUGUCUGCCAAUUGCUGGCACACACUUCUGAACCAAUAUGCGUGAGGCUCAGUUAGUGGCUGCGGCCAGUUAGGUUCCAAAUUCCAAAUAUAUAACAGCUAGCUGAAAAAUACCACCCAGCUGUUAUAUAUUCCUGGAUGUGUAUUAGAGUAGCACUCCCAGCUGAUAUUUUUCUGUCAAAAAUGGA